CAACAGACACCCGAACCUGGCAGAAACGUUGAAACAGGCGUCCAGGAAGCAGUUCAUCCCGAAGUUUUAGUUUCACUUGAUUUUCAUUAAUUUCUGGGCGUCAAAUACUCGAAAAACGGGUCAAUUUACGUGUGAAUAAACGCAAAACAUAAUUAGGAGUGACAAAACAUUGGAUUGAGCCAGGAAAUUAGGGAAUGUUCUCGGUUCUAUGUGAAACAAGGUGGCGAGAGGAUCCCCAGGGAUCUCCAAUGUCUUCCGAGGGACUUUGUGAGGAUAAAAACCAUUCCACCGAGAGACCUUGGAUGGAUACACUAGUUUAGAACGCAAGCCGUGGGAUUUCGCGAGCAGUUUCUCCCCUGAGUAUCUCUGUAAUGAAUGCUUUUGGGGGAAAGUUGGCAAAAAUAUUUUUUGUCGAGAAUUUAAUCAGCUGGAAAAAAGAUCUCGAGACAUUUUCUCCUAAACCAUCGGUCGUCGAGAAUGAAGAGAAGAACGUGAAGAUGAAUGACGAAGAGAUUGAAGUCGAUCUGAAGAUUUCCGAGUUAUGUCUACCAGCAUCGCCUCAGUAUAUCACACGUCAGGAUUCUGGUGUACCGGAGGACUUGUUGUCCCCCUCCAACAAGACGUCACCCGAAAACGACGAUGAGGAUCCUAACGAGACAAUGAACAGUGACUGCAACAUUACAGUCAUUCAUGUGACAGAUGGAUUAACUGAAGGCAAGGACAAGGAUAACAAGGAUGGCAGUGACUCAGGAGUCGAGGGUUGCACUGCGGAGAUACCCAGAGUGAACGGCUACUCCAGUAGUAUAAACAACCUCGACGAGGUAUCCUGCGACUCAAGUUUAGUAUCCUGUAGUUCAGUAUACGAAGAUCCUUGUGGUACCCUUCCCGAUGAGCUCCUCCCCCGCACUCCCCCGACCUCCCACUCCCGCGAUCACACCUCCGAGGGUGGAAGCGAGAGUUCCUCCGUGACCGGUUCCACUGGUUCCCGUCCCACUCCUCGCACAUCAAAGCGUCCCCCCUGUACCCCGACCACCACCACCAAAAAGAAGCCAUCGAAUCCCCCGCAGAAGACCUCGAGAAUACGUCCGAUGCCCCAAACUGAGCUCCCACGACCGAAAUCCCGAGCGCCAAUUGUCAAGGCGCCGCCCCCCAAGCAGACCGUGAAACCCUGGUCUGCGGGACCAUCCGCCCGCUCUAGGACCCGAUCCCGACCUGCACUCGACUCCCUGACUCUGUCAAUUUCCUCGCCUCUCGCAAAGGAACUCGAGAAAGAUCUGUUUCAAAGGAGUAUAACACGAGGGACAACAUCAAGCAUCUCAAAAUGUCGAACAACUCCGAUAACCACCCCCUCGGAGGACGUCAAACGUACCUUGUCCACUCCCCGAUCUUCAAAACUCCUGACGCGAUCGAUAACCGUCGACAAAACGCGCGUCAAAACAGAUCUUCACAAACUAGAGACGAAGACAAUAGAAACUUUCGGGACUUUUCCGAGAAGAAGGACAUCGAAAUUCAGUCUACCACCGUCGGAGGAGCCGAAGAAGUCCCUCAGCAGAGACCCGUCUUUGUCGCGGCUCGACAAACCCCGAAUGAAAUCUCUGCUGAAGGCAAAAUCCACGGAGAGAACGAUAAUCUAUCACGAAGUGAGCGUACAGACUGGUCUUACAGCUCCAGAUAUUGAGCAGCUGUUGAACGGCCUUCCUGCGAGGGCGUGCGGCCCCGAGGUCCCCGACAAGAUCACCUCAGAUACCCAGACAGACAACCCAAUGAUCCCAGAGUCCCUCUAUCAGUCCCUCAAGGCCCAAUUCGAUGAUCUUAAGAAGGAGAAGGACAAGCUCGAGCUGAAACUGUCGUCCACCGAACGCAAUCUGAUGGACGAGCGUUCGGAUCAUCACUUCACGCGUCAGGAACUUGAUAAAAACCUCCAGAGAGUUCAGGCGAUCCUCGGUAACACCGAAAAUCCAGAGGGUAACGACUCCCUCCUGGAGUUGGAGUCCCAUUUUCAGGAGUCGGGACAAGUCAUAGCGAAUCAGCAAGUUGAGAUGGCGAAUUUACAGUCCCUCUGCAUAAUGUUGAGUCGAGAUCUUGAGAGAAGUCGGGCUGCCCACAAUACCCUUCUGCAGGACCAACAGGAGGUGGAGGCCGAGACCCUCCAGCUUCAGGAGUUCCUGCAUCUGGAGAAGACAGCGAUGUCGGAGGCUAUGAAGGAACUCGAAGCUGAACUCGUUCAAAAGAACGAACAACUGGCGUCCAAAGACGAAGAGAUCAGAAGAGCGACUGAGGAGUGCAAGCAUCUCGUCAGGAUGAGUGAGCAGCGACGCCAGGAGAAUCUCUCUCUGGAGAUGAGAAUGAGUGCAAUUGAACGAAAGUCGAGGGAGCUUCUCCUGACACAGGGCGCUGCUGUCUCUGGCGCAGGGGUUGCACUGUCAGGACUUGGUAAUAGGCUCGAGGCACUCGUCGAUCAGCUGGUCAAGUCGUACAAAAUAUCGGAGAAGGACCUGGAGGAUGUUAUUUACCACAAUGAGGCCUAUUCAAAGUCCAAUAGCAGCGCUGAAUCAUCUCCUGUGAGCUCGCGAUCGCUGAACCUCGUGCCCUCGCCGAAGAGACACUCUUUCGUUUCGGCUGUGAUCGGCGCCAUCAGGAAUGCAGCGACUCAUCCCUUCGUGGUGAAGGGAGAAAAGGGAGUUGAGAAGGGACUGUUCAGGGAGUUUAGAGCUGACGAGAGGGAGGAUCUGCUGGAUUUUGAGACUGAGCCCUGUCUCAUGAUGGAGAGUGUUCUUGAGGAUGUGCCUCUUCAUGAUGGGUAUUCUAGGAAUAUGGUCAGCAGUUGUGACUCACUGAGGAGAGGAUUUAGUGUUCCUGAUGGGGGGCUCGAUGGUUAUGGCGAUGCUGAUUUGGGACGCAGUACUGAGGAAUUCUCGUCGUUGAACAGUCUCACACAGGCGAUAUUAAAUAGGAGGAGGGUGGAGGAGAAUGAGGAGGAGGAGACGGCUGAUGAGGAGGACGACGAGGACGAGAGUGGUGAGGGGGGUCAAGGGGAUUAUGGGACCGCUGUUAAUCUUGUCGAUCAGGUAAUCGAUGUCGAUAAUCUAGUUACCAAGUUGUUGAAAGUCUUGAGGAUCAUUCAGUUGGAGAAUGAUACUUGUAUUAAGGAGCUGAGGGAGGAGAAGGGAGAGCUAGAGGGGAGACUCGCCAUUGCUGAGAAGGAGGAGAGCACGGAGAAAACUGAAGGAGUGGCAUCAUGAAUUUAAGGCUCAAUCAAAUCUAGUCUUCAUCCCCCGGAUGAUGGUCCCCUAAAAUCGCUUGAUAUGACCCCUAGACUGCCGCAUUAUUUCGAGUGAGACUGCAUUUAUUUUCCUAAAUAUCUCCUUUGCUUUGACAUUAUUGAGCAGUGGAUCAAUGAACUAUAGUAACCAAUGAAUUGUACCGUAAAAAUUGUAAAAAUUGCAUAGUUCUACAGUAAUAUAAGUAUCUUUUGUACUCAGUGAUUCACCCAUGAGAUUGCAUAAUUAAAAGACAAAGCAGGGUUUGAAAAACUGUAUUUAUUGUAAUUUCAGAUGAAUAAAUAUCAUUUUAAUAAGAAAGAGUACAAAAAA